AUGGCCACUGUUGCCUUGUGUGGGUCCAGUCAACCAUGCCUCCCAGUCUCUGCACAGCCGCCACUCUCGGCAGCCGGCCGUGCGAAGGCCGCGGAGGAAGUGCGGCGCAUCGGAACUUGGGCAGCCAUCACCCUGGCGGUUGCAUCGCGGCUGUCGGCAGUACCGCCGCGGCAGAGAGGACGUCGACAGCCGCUCCACUUUGCAGAGGCUUUGGAGCUGACACGGGACAGGCCGAAGCGAUGCCCGGUCUGCGCAAUCAAAGUGCUGAAGAGGCCUAAAAUCCUCUCGUUGUCGGAGCUCUACAAACCGUGGUCGUCAGCAACCGGCGAGAAGGACCCACGCCGCCAAAGCGACUUCGUCGCCAGAUUUCUGCGGGACAAGCCGCAGCAAUGGGCCGCGCUCUUGAGGCCGGAGUAUCACAUUUGGCACUCGAGAACGAAGAGGUUUCACAAGGAGCUCUCAGAGUCGUUGGCUUUGCUCAACGCUGCCCGAAACUUCAUGGAUGGACCUUGGCACGCUUUGGACCUCUGCUGCGGGAAGUCGCUGACGUCUGCACUGCUCUCUUUGGAAGAGAUGCCGCCCGAAGCCAUCACGGCCGUGGAUCUGCGACCGCUAGAAGAGCUCCCUCACCAUGAUCAGGCGCUGCAGCGUGCCGCUGAGCUUCAGAUGUGCCAGGGUCGGGCGCAUGCGAAGGUGCCGGUCGAGUACUGGAGGUGUGAUGUGCUCGCGCAUGACUUCGUGCAGUCGUUAGCACGACGUGUGGAAGGCAUGGGAAGGCCCGCGGCGAUUUUGGCGAUGCACCUGUGUGGUCGUCUGAGUUUGCAGGCAAUCAGUGCGUUCCGCCAGAUCGAUUUGAUUCGGAGCAGGGUGACACUGACGACGCCAAACCCAUUAUGUUCAAGUUCGAAACUGCUUGCCAAGUGCUGUGUGCUGGGGCCAUGCUGCUUGCCACAUUCCAGCGAUGCUCCAAAGGAACUGCAAGAUGUGUAUGGAAUCGGCAUGUCCGACGAGGAGCAGUUCGAUGCUUGGGCUGCACACUUGGAGAAGCUGCUGAGAAGGAUCCCGGGAGUAAAUGUGACAAGGAAGAUCGAGACUGGCAUCCUCUCCAGCCGCCGACUCCUGUUUACGGCAGUCAAGGCUGAGAGCUGCAGCAGCGCGUGA